AAUAUUCUAUAGUGCUCUCUGAAUAACUGUCUCAGCUUCACAUUCUUACUUGUUUGAAGAAGAUUGAAAUCAAAUUGGACUGUAUGGUUUGCCUCUGAAUUCUUCUUCUUUAAAGGAAAUUCGUUUGUUUCAAAGGGUUUGUCUGGUUGUUAACAGAAACUUAAUUGCUAGUUUUGAAGAAUCCCAUUCAUCCUUUCUUGUAUUAGGUACUGAUCAUGGAACACCAGUGCAAAGCACACUUUUGAUUCCAUGAAUUUUCAUAUUGCAGUGGCUUCUGUACCCGAUAUAAAUGUAGCUCAUGAGGUCUCAAAUGCCUCAACUGAUGCUGAGUUCAAGCGUUAUAAUGAUGGUGCGGUUGUAGGCACUUCUCUUCAGAAGAUACUUUGGGUUGUACAAAAUGAUGACAUGACUCAAAACUCUUCUCAAGAUGGAUCUCCAGUCGAAGUUGAUGAGCCAUAUGUGGGUCAGGAAUUUGGUACAGAAGUAGAUGCACAGGCUUUUUAUAAUGUCUAUGGCUUGCGUAUGGGUUUCAAUACUCGUAUGAACUAUCUGUCUCGAUCCAAACAUGAUGGAACUAUCAUUGCGCGAACAUUUGUAUGCAGCAAAGAGGGUUACCGGAAGCCUGAUAGGCGUGACAAGAAGACCAUCAACCCACGGGCUCCCACUAGGGUAGGUUGUAUGGCAAUGCUGUCGAUAAAAAAGCUGAAUAUUGGCAAGUGGAUCGUUACAAAGUUUAUCAAGGAGCACAAUCAUGCACUAAUAGCGAGCAAACGUCCAAAAGGGCUGGUUGAGGAUCAAAUACCGGAUGAUAAGAAAAAGAUUGAAGAAUUAAAUCGAGAGCUGUUCCUUGAGAGAGAGCGAUCUACUUCACUAAGAAAAGUCAUAGACCUUCUAUUUGAACACAUUGAGGAGCAUACACAAGACCUCUCAAAUAAAGUCCAGCAUGUUGUGGAUGAAGUAAAGGAGAUUGAAUCGGAAGGGAAAAAACCGUCAUGACCUCAAAUAGUCCCCAUCCUAAUGUGUAUUGUACAUACUAACAAUGGCUUUAAUGAGUUUACUUUUGCUGAAGAGUUAGAUGCAAUCUUAUACAUGAAUUCGGUUGUUCUUAUUAAAUAAAUGUGAGUUGAGUUGGUAUACAAAGUGCGACCACAAUGGUAGUAAUUCACCUUUUUGUUGG